AGUUAAUUCUGCACCCAAAACAACUACGUUGCUGGCGUAUUACGUUUCGAAGUCAGAAGCAAGGAAGCUAAAAUGCAGCUUCGGGCGGCUCGGCCAUCGGUCCUUCCUCAGAAGGGGCGCGCUCGCUGUGUUGUUGUCCGGGCGUCACAUCGACUAGACGUGGCGUUGACCGCGACCAUUUCUGGCGUCGCCCUUGGCGUGGCGCUGAGCAAUGCGCCGCUUGCGUUCGCUAGCGACUACACGGAUAGUCGCGCACGUGAACAGGAGCUCUUGACUAUUAUCAAAGAACGGCAACGGACAGCCACGAACAAGGUAGAGGCAGUGGCUCCCAAGGCCUUCUCCGCGCCCAUCAUCCCAGCUCCCGCACCAGCAGUAGUAGAGGAGCCCAUCCCAGCAGCGGUGGUGAGCGCCCCUCCGCCUCAACCUCCGGCAGUGCAGGUUGCCGAGCCGGCGCCCAGCCCCGUGGCGCCAGCAGUGGCAGAGGUGGCACCAGCAGUGGUAAAGGCUGUCGCGGCCCCAGAACCCGCUGCCGUGGCAGCCCCUGCAGCUGCGGUGCAACCCGUGGUGGAGGACGCGCCUACUCCCUCCCCGGCCCCGGCUGCGGUUGAGUCGCCAAUAACCACAGCAGCACCAGCUAGCAGCGACAAGACGCUGCUGCUGCUGGUCGGAGCGGCAGCUGUUGCCGCUGUGGGGAUAAACGCUGCCAUGAGUGAAUCCUCGAAGGCUGCCACGAAGCCUGCUGCGUCGAGCCCGGCCCCCACCACGACCAGCAGCAAGGAGGCCUUGGCAGCCCCUGCUACUGAGGAGAAGCCCGUCUCUUGAGGCUCCGGGUGCCGAAUAUUUCAAUAGAGCGCAUUUUUGAGCGUUGGGUGUCUGUGUGAGAGGCGACAUGAAGAGACAGAGAACCAACACCGUGAAAUUUUUACAUUUGAAUCUAGGAUUACACCAAAGAGAUGCAGGGUUUCUGGCAGGUUGUCGAAAGUAGCGCCGUCAGUUUGCAUCGACCCAUGAUGACAUGCAUUUGUCUCCGUCAUUGGCUUCCCGGAAUUUUACUACUGCUGGUGUAGCGCCAUGAGCAUAAGGUAGUGUGCCUCACGAGCGCCUGUUGAACCUCCUGAAGCAAGGUCGAGGUCUGGGCUAGGAGCGCUUGCGUCCUUGGGUGAUGACGAUGCAACAGUCCACUUUGAACGACUCCCUGGCUCUUGCGUUGAUUCAGUUUGCUGGCGCUGCUGCAUGGAAGACCCAACAUCCUUAGGAACCAGGAGUGCCGCCGAACCGCGCAAUAUUUCUGGCAUGCUUUCGGCCACGAUGCGAACACCUGC